AUGUUCUACAUCAUGUACCUCACAGGCCUCUGCCAGCGCCGCAACUGGCCCGACCCUCAUUUCCAGACCUUCCGCACUCGUUAUGGCUUCGGGUGUACUGUACGAGUGAACAACAGAGAGUACUCUACAGACGUCGAAUAUGAAUCUGACGAAUUGGCAAAGAAUGCCGCUGCCACUCGUGCUUACAUGAUUUGCCGCAACUUCUCCGUCAACGAUGGAAUGUACCCUGGUCAACGCCCAGGUCAGGGCGGUGUUGUUCAAGGCUUACCUGUAGCAAUUGGUACGGGUAGGAGGAACACCUGCUCGUCCAACGAGUAUGACAGCUCGAGCUCCAGCGGCGGAACUAGCCCCCGGAACAGUGACUGCGGGCUGGAUUCCAACGGCCGAAGGUCGAGCAAAUCUUCCGCCACCUCCGUCUCUUCUUGCUACUGCGGCCGCGGAAGCAUCCGUGCUUAUGAGAGAUGCACCUCCUGUCUCCGUGAGACCGGCUAUCGAUGCUAG